GGGGGGAUGAAGAAAGGAAGCCAACGGUCUGAGCCACACUCCGGAACAGAAGGUGGCGCUGCAAGUGCACCAAUUAGCUCGAUGCACCCGCCGUAAAACAACAAGAAGGCGACACAAUCAAGCCGGAAGUAAAUACCAAUCUCGCGUUGUUUGGAAGUCGCGUGUUUCGCACGAAAGUGAAACUCGUUGACGUUUUGGCUCCUUCACAUCGGCUCGUCCCUCCGUCCCUCGCUGGCUCCUUCGCGGACGCUCGGUACGCAAAGGCUCCGUGUCUGUCGCCUCCAUGUCCGGCCACCACCACCGCGGCUGCGGCUGCGACUGCGAGGCCGCCCACGAACCCGCCGAGAGGGGCGUCGAGUACGGACUGUACCGGCGCAUCGACACCGACAAGCUGCAGUGCCUGAACGAGAGCCGGGAAGGCGACGGCAGGCUGGUGUUCAAGCCGUGGGACCAGCGGCACGACCGCGACAAGUUUGUGGAGAGUGACGCCGACGAAGAGCUGCUGUUUAAUAUCCCGUUUACAGGCAGCGUCAAGCUGAAAGGCGUCAUCGUCUCCGGAGAGGACGACGACUCGCACCCGGCAGAGAUACGAUUGUACAAGAACAUCCCUCAGAUGUCCUUCGACGACACGGGCCGAGAACCGGAACAAGCUUUCCGCCUCAACAGAGACCCCGACGCUCAGCUGGAGUACCCGACCAAGAUCGCCCGUUUCUCUGACGUCCGGCACCUCUCCAUCCACAUCUCCAAGAACUUCGGCGCCGAGAGCACGCGGGUCUACUACAUCGGCCUCCGAGGAGAAUACUCUGAGGCUCACAGACACGAAGUGACGAUCUGCAACUACGAGGCGUCGGCGAACCCCGCCGAUCACAAAGUGGCGAGCGUUGUCCCGCGAACCAACUUCAUUUCCUGAAGCUUCACGUUGGAGGAGGCCGUCGUCGACGCGGGUCAAGCGAGCGUGUUGUCGGCGAGCUAGUCGAGCGUGACGUGGACGCCGGGCGCUGAACUCUGACCGCCUUUCGGACGGACGUGCUCGAGUGUCGCGGGUUUUUCUUUUGCAAUGAAGAUGUAACUCGCUCGUUUGUCAUCUGCUUCCGGUCGAAUGCUCGGAGGCGUCCUUGCGGGACUUUCCCACGUCGACGAGGCUUCCCGAGGCGCCGCAACUACCUUGUGUGUCUUGUAGCGAGCUCGGCCAAUAAAGCGCCCCCUGAUUGUGA